UGACCCCCACAUUAGCUUAAAGCUCUCAGUCUCACUCUUUCUGGGCCAGGAUUAGGGUUAGGGUUAUUUAUUUAUUUAUUUUUGGUAUUUUGGGGGGUUUGAGCGACCAAAAAUGGCGAACCGUACGGACCCCGCGGCGAAGAGUAUAAGGGGGACGAACCCGCAGAACCUGGUGGAGAAAAUCCUGCGGUCGAAGAUCUACCAGAACACAUACUGGAAGGAGCAGUGCUUCGGGCUCACCGCAGAGACCCUCGUCGACAAGGCCAUGGAGCUCGAUCACCUUGGCGGCACCCACGGCGGCAACCGUAAGCCGACGCCCUUCAUGUGCCUCGUCAUGAAGAUGCUCCAGAUCCAGCCCGAGAAGGAGAUCGUCAUCGAGUUCAUCAAGAACGACGAUUACAAAUAUGUGCGAAUACUUGGUGCUUUUUAUUUGCGGCUUACGGGAACUGAUGUUGAUGUCUACCGGUACCUAGAACCUCUCUACAAUGAUUAUAGGAAGCUGAGGCAAAAAUUACCUGAGGGACGCUUCAGCUUGACGCAUGUGGAUGAGGUUAUUGAUGAACUUCUGACCAAAGAUUAUUCUUGUGACAUUGCUCUGCCACGUAUCAAGAAAAGAUGGACUCUUGAAUCAAUCGGUACAUUGGAACCUAGACAAAGUGUGUUGGAAGAUGAUUUUGAGGAGGAGGAAGAAAAAGAAGAGAAUGACCAACUUGAUAAUUUUGAAGAUGGGGCUCGUGAGAAGCAGGAUUAUUACCGUGGACGAAGCCCUGUUAGGGAGAGAGAUAGGGAUAGAAGACGUGAUCGUGACAGAUACAGGGAUCGAGACUACGACAGAGACUAUGAUAGGGAUCGUGGACGUGGGCGAGAAAGAGAUAGGGAUAGAGAGAGGGACAGAGACAGGGAUAGGGAUAGAGACCGUUACCGCCUGAGAGAUGAAAAGGAAUAUGGUCGUGAUAGGGAGCGAGAAAGGGAGUGGGAAGGUAGGGAGCGGGAGAGGCGAGACAGGGACCGUGGCAGGCGGAGGAGUCAUUCAAGGAGCCGAAGUAGGAGUAGGGAUCGCAAGGAUCAUGAAAGUGGGGAGCAUCGGAAGAGACAUGCACGCAGCAGCACCAGUCCCAGAAGACGGGAUGGACCUGAGGAUACCCGGGAAGAGCCAAAGAAGAAGAAAGUGAGAAAGGAGAAGAAGGAUGACGGGACAGAUCACCCAGACCCUGAGAUUGCUGCAGCUAACAAGCUUCGGGCAUCCCUUGGGUUGAAACCGUUGAAGUAGAUAGCAUCCCUAUGAAUGAAAUUGUUGAAGUAGAUGCUAGGAUUGUUUGUUGGGUGGUUGUUUCUGUCAAUAUGGAUGAAUUAUAUAGAGUCCGUGGACCAUUACUUGUAGCAGCUGGGUUGCCAGUAUUGAAUAUGUAGCCCAUAAAGUGGCAAAUGGAAGACAAGUACAGAUCUUUCAUAUGUAUCUCCAUGUCAAUUAAAGCUGUUUCCCCUACUUUUGUGAGAA